UUGGAGAUUUUUAAAUGUCUACUUCUCCGGCAUAAUUUCACCUAGAGACUCCAUUUAUUAAGAAAAUUCAGAAAAACGUUGCAAAUAUUUUUUUUCUCAAGUGCAUGCAUUAUGUUUUCAUACAUGUCCAUCCACCUAUUCACUGUCCUUUUGUUACCACAACCCCAGAGAGUACAGGUUGUCUAAAAUGAGUGAUGUCAGACAGCUAAAGUACUCAUUAAAUCCUCACACAACUUGUUCCUCAGAGGAUGAUGGUGUUUGUGUCCCUCCUCUGAGACGAGGGAGUGUCCUGCGUUACACAAAGUGCAGCAACCUGUGCGCCCAUUCAUCAGUGAGUCACAGGCUGCAGGAGACAGCAGCCACUCCUCCGUCUCCAACCCAACCGACUGGACUGUUUACUAUCUAUUUAUUUAUUUAUCACUUCUGAUUUCAUGUCAGUCAGUGGAUGAACACUGGAUGCUCCUCACGCAGCGUUGGGACAAAUAAACAGGGACAGCUUUCAGGACAAACACACACUCACACAUGGAGAUAGAAAGCAUUGUGGCUAACAGCGCUCUGAUCAGAGCCAGAGAAGGUGGAGGCAGUAAAGGCCGCAGCUACAAGUGGAAGGAUUUGCUGCGCUUCCCCCACAUCAGCCAGUGUGUGGACCUGGCCAUGAGAAUAGAGAGGGAUUACUACAGUCUGUGUGUGAAGCAGCCCAUCGGGAAGAAACUGUUUCAGCUCUUCUGUCGGAGUCGAGCCGACCUGCAGAACUACAUCUCCCUGCAGGACGCUCUGGAUGCUUUUGAGAUGAAGGCGGACGAGGAGCGGAGAGAUUUCGGCAUCGGCAUCAUCCAGAGAUUCCUCAUGCGCCAGUCCAUCCAGUGUGUGCCGGUGGUGCUGAAGCACGAGCAGAUCUGCAGCCAGAGUCUGGAGCUGGAUCCCUGCAUGGACGUCUUCCACGACUGCAGGGAAGAUCUACAUAAAUACCUGUGUGAGGAGCCGUUCAUCCAGUACCAGGAGAGCAUGUUCUUUGAUCGUUUCCUGCAGUGGAAGAUGCUGGAGAGGUCACAGAUCACCAAGCAGACGUUCAGACAGUACAGACUUCUGGGGAAAGGAGGGUUUGGAGAGGUGUGGGCGUGUCAGACUCGAGCCACAGGGAUGAUGUACGCCUGCAAGAAGCUGGAGAAGACUCACGUGAAGAAGAGGAAAGGAGAGGGCAUGGCUCUGAACGAGAAGGAGAUCCUGGAGGGGCUCGACAGCCGCUUCGUGGUGAACCUGGCGUACGCGUACGAGACGAAGCACGCUCUCUGUAUGGUUCUGACCAUGAUGAGCGGUGGGGACUUGAGGUUCCACAUUAAUAACAUCGGUGCUCCGGGCCUGGACCGAGACAGAACCAGGUUCUACGCUGCAGAGGUCUGCUGCGGUUUAAUUCACCUCCACCAGAAGUCCAUUUUAUAUCGAGAUCUGAAACCAGAAAACAUUCUGCUGGACGACAACGGACACAUCCGCAUCUCUGACCUGGGCCUGGCUGUGAGGCUGUCUGAGGACGGAGUGGUGCGGGGGAGAGUGGGGACGAUGGGAUACAUGGCUCCUGAAGUGAUCGGAAACAAACACUACGGGAUGAGUGCUGACUGGUGGGGCCUCGGCUGCCUCAUCUACGAGAUGACGGCCGGGCAGCCGCCGCUCCGAGCCCGAGGAGAACACCCCAAACCCCCCGAGAUGGAGAGGAGGAUCCAGACGCAACAGCCGGAAUACGACGACAAGUUCAGCAAGAACGUGAAGGACAUCUGCUCCUUGCUGAUGGCCAAAGACCCAGAACGGCGUCUGGGCAGCGGCAGCUCCGGGGGAGGAGAAGUUCAGGCUCAUCGUUUCUUCAAAAAAAUAAACUUCAGGAUGCUGGAGGCCGGACUCGUCGAGCCGCCGUUCAAACCUGAUCCCAGACAGGUGUACUGCAGCGACGUGCAGGACAUCGAGGAGUUUUCUUCAGUGAAGGGGGUCACUCUGGACCGCAUAGACGGGAACUUCUACUCCAAGUUUAAUACGGGCAGCAACCCCAUCACCUGGCAGAACGAGUUGAUCGACACGGGAUGUUUCAAGGAGCUGAAUGUUUUCGGUCCUAUGGGAACUCGAUCUGCAGACCUGGACUGGGCCCAGGCCCCCGGGAGCCCCAAACGCAGCCUGAUGAAACGGAUCUUCCGCCGACACCACGCUUCAGACGCAUCAGACGAGAGCAGACAGAACUUGAUAUCCAGUGAGAACUACAUGAAGUCUGGACUGGUGAGCACGACGCUGUGAGGACGCUCAGCUCACAGACUGCUUUAAAGACACUCACAACAAACAAACAAACAAACACUGGAGCAGCAAACAACAAACAGAGCUCUGAUAUGCUCCUCACUGUAAAUCUAAACAUUACGUGUUUAUUUCUGUACAUAAUGUUCUUCUUUCUCUCACUGAUGCACCAACUAUGGAACUGUUUCUUAUUCAUCUUCUUCUCAGGUAAAAACUAAAUGUGUAUAAUGCCAGAAACAUUUUUUAAAUUUAAUAACAUCAGUAACUUUUUGUGAAGUACUUGAAUUUGUAUACAAGUAGCACAGCAAACAGCGUGAAGCUACUUUUUUACAUUAAAGGGAAACUUUUAUACUUUUAUUUUACAAUUUGGACCCAGGUUGAAAAAUGCAGUUUGAAAUUUUACUUCAAAACUAAUUUCACCAGUAGCACUUUUUUUUUUUAGCUGAAAUGGCUGAAUAAACUUUUAAAAAAUGUAUUCAGAUUAAAUGGAUAAACAGGAAAAGCAAAUAUCUGUCUGUUUUUUGGCAUGAAAUACUGCACGCUGUCACCUCUUUGAGGCCCUCAAAAGAAUUUCCAAUGAAACAAUACAAGAGGAUAAAAAAGGAAAAAAACACAAAAAGUGCUGAUUGUGAUGAUUUUGGUUGUGAAUGAGCAGAAAGAAUUAGUAAACUAAACAAUUAGUUAUUUUUGACAGAAAAGUAUUUACUUUUGGUGAUUAAUCCCAAUUUCUUUUUAACAAAAAAGCCCAAAAUGUAAAAUUUUUAAUAUUGUUGUCUGGUUCCAAAUGUAAAUAUUUGAAAAUGUACUUUAUUGUAUAAAAUACAAAAUGAAACAACUUUGAGUUUUGGAUUAUUGGUGAUAAAAAAAAAACAUUCAGAGACAUCUGGUUGAACUAGUGGAUAUUUUUCAAUAUUUUCUGACUGAUUUUUGUUGUUGCCUUCUUGUUUUUUCUGG